CCCCCCGCUUUUCUUAUUGUCUCCCUCUUUCCGGUAAUCCAGACAUGCCGCCCACUCGCCUCUCCUCCUAUCGUCGCCGCUCUUCUCUCGCCGUCCCGACAUCGUCCCACAUCAAACCCGGUAUCUACGGCGCUCCCUCUCCGUCCCCGAGAUCUGUCACCUUCGCACCCAAUGUUACCCCUGUAACAUUCAGCGACCCAUUAUCGCUGGACACAUCCACCGCAGAAUCGUCCUCGCCUACGUCGCACAUCUUCCCGCCUUCAGAUUCACCAGCGCCGCCUCCGGCAAGGCGACGUGCCCCUCCUGGCAAGCGCCGGUCGCUUGGAUACAUCCCACGCCCACCCAAUGCCUUCAUGCUCUUCCGCGCUGACUUCGUCAGACAGAAACAUGUUCCUGGGUCGAUAGAAACUAACCAUGGCUCUCUAUCCAAGAUCAUCGGUAACUGCUGGCGCGCUCUUCCCCUCGAGGAAAAACGCGUGUGGGAAAUUAGAGCCAAGAAGGCAAAGGAAGAGCACUCGGCCAUGUACCCAGGUUACCGCUUCCCGCCUGAGGACGAAGAGCGUUGUGAAGCAGUCGCUCAACUGCUUCUCGAAGGAAAGAAGGGUGACGAACUCGCCGCAGCUAUUCGCAAGUUGGGCGACAAGGCGGGUCAGACGGCGCUGCCACCUGCACCCGCAUAUCCAUACCGCCGACCAUCUUCAGUCCCUCUCCCAGACGGACCAUUCCAUCCUAUCGCAUUGCCUGCGCUGCCAUUCCUGCAGCUGGGAUCAAGAUCGGGGUCGCCUGUAGGAAAUAUCUCUCGCUCAGCGAGGUUCAUCCUUGGCCAUCGCAGGUCUUCAAGCGUGCAGCCCAUCCCCAGCAAACCAUGGGGAAUCCUCGAUCACAUGACACCCCUUCACCACGACAUGUCCUCUCUCCCCGAUGUCGACAGUACACUUUUCGACCCUGCGUUUUUCGAUGCCGGGUUCUCUUUCCAGCCACACACGGAGUCAUCUUUCAACGUGGGCGAGAUGUAUUCGGUCCCACCGCAUGCGCAUUCACCGGGUGAAUUCCCUCUCAAUGGAUCGGUCGGAGUGCCUCCCAGGGACGCGGCACCAUUUCCAGUGACGUCGUGCGAUACAUCUUCGCUCCCACAGUAUACAUCGAUGACUAUGACCACAUCUAGCCCUCUUGCCAUGACGCCCAAUUCCAUCCCCAUGUCUAUGUCCAUGGGAGUCGCCUCAGACAUGUCGAUGUCCUUGCCCAUGGCGAAUGCCCGGCAUGUUGUUGAUGUCGCCGACUUCUCGCAUUCUCAGUCAUCCUCGACGUAUUCCGGUUCCCCUGCGACUUCAGAUGUGUCGCUGCCGACUGUUGUCGCACCAAAACCGCAGCCAGCGUUUCAGCAACAGGUGGACACGGUCAUAUUCGAAGGUUGGGGGGAUGUCGUUGGCAACGGUCCCGUCGAGCUUGCCACUCAGGGCCAGCCGGAGAUGGAGCAGUCGCAGCACAUCCAGGAUGGAUUUUCUGGUUUGUUCGCAAAUGAAUUUGACGGAGGUGCAUUCGAAUACGUGACAACGCAGGCGUUUUAAGUUGGAAGAAGGUCACUCGACGGGCGCAUUGGAUGCAUUCAUACGUUCAAGAAUACGGCAAGGCAAGACCGGACGAUAUCACGACUUAGACGGACGAUGACGACACGGCCAUCCGCAUUCACAACUAGCUUAUGCAUCGCGCAUCUUUUUUUUUUCUCUUUUCUCUCUCUCUCCGAACAAACAGAUCACACCUCCAUUAUAAAAUGUAUCAUAGGUUAUUUAGGGAUUUGGUGAGUUGCUGUCGCUGAUGGACGCUGGGGGGGAGGGACGAUCUUCAGAUACCCAUACCCACAUGUGGAUACGUACUCUACUCCAGUGGCGACGGCAGGCACACUGGAUUCGUUGAUUAGAUGUAGCAUUAGAGAUCUCUUUCCGUAUCUUGACGGUUCAUACGUCUUCGAAUGUAGCUUUUAGUUUUAUCUGUAUUUCUUGGCCUGGAGUUAGAAGUAAAUAUAAAUAUUGUGCUC